GACUAGCUUUUAUUUGUAUGUCUCGUCAUGAUAGCGUAUCGGGGAUAUACUUUUACCAACCCAUACCGAGUGAAUAUUUUCUAAAUUCGAGUUCUGGCUGCUCGUCAGUUUUUAAGCUUAAAAUCACAGAGAAGAACGUCUUGAAGUGGUGACUCGUCAAGUUUCUGUUUAAAAACGACUCAUCAGUUAAUGAAAAUGAACGAGGAGGGUGAAUGUGGUUAUUUAAUGGGACAGGGUGACGGCAUGGGAGGAUUUAUGACCGGACUGCCCCACGUGAAUGCUCCCCAUCAUCAAUCAUCGCUUCUUGCCGAUAGUCGACCCUACUGUCAUGGCUAUAACACUUUACAUCCCUUACAGGAUUCGUAUCCAUCCCUCACUCCUUCUCCUGAUGGAUCGGAAGGGGGAUUACUGUCCAAUAAACUCCAGGAGUACCCGUGGAUGAAGGAGAAGAAGAUUUCCAGAAAAGGGGGACAUUUACUCGAACCUGAACCUGCGUACACCCCUGCUCCAGUGGGAGGUAACCAGACAGGUCAGGCGGGGUCACGACGCUUGCGCACCGCCUAUACCAAUACCCAGCUUUUGGAACUUGAGAAGGAAUUCCACUUCAAUAAAUACUUGUGUAGACCAAGGCGGAUUGAGAUCGCCGCCUCUUUAGAUUUAACUGAGAGACAGGUGAAAGUUUGGUUUCAAAACAGAAGAAUGAAGUACAAACGCCAGUCCCAAUCCGGUCGGAAGAGUUCAGAUGUUGGAGAUGAUAGUCUGAGUCCACAAGCCAUGGACAAAGACAUGGGGGAUUCGGGUUCGGAACACGGAGACAGUAAAGAUGAUAUGGACACGGGCGGGGAAAUGGAUCUAAGCAUUAAGGUCAAAUCGGAAAAUAUUAAUCAGGACAGCAUGGAAAUAAAAAUUCCUGUUGAAAGAACCACGGUCAGUCCCCCAACACGGGGUUCAAACGCAUCAACUGAUUCGGGUCUCUGCUCUCCGGAUAGUCUUCGCAGCGCUACAAGUCCUGCCUCUUCCACCUGCAGCGCUAACCAGUCUGGUCGACCCUCAACAUCUCCUAUUAACCCAAACACUUCAGUUUCAUCGUCGUCACCAUCAAUGGCGGCCAUAAGAUCAUCGUCGUCAGAUGUUACACCAGGUGCGUCACCUUUAUCAGUAGCACAGGGCAGCGUGGUUACUCAAGAGCGACCCUUCAGUUCCGCGAGAUCAACACCGGAAGUGCAACCAGGUAGCAACACUACAGCACAGAGAUCAUACCCUUAUACAAUUAGUUACGGCGAAGCGGGUUAUCGCUUCAAUCAGAAAGCGUGUCCCGCUCCAUACACUAGUCCAAAUGCGAACUAUUCACAAAAUAAUUAUAUGGACCAGAUUCAGUUCCAACAGGGAAGAAAUUACCCUGGGAUACAAGCCAAUGUUUCUAAUGGAUAUUCUAAUGAAAGCGGUGUGAACCCGAAUCCUAUGGGAGAUUGUCGUUUGCAGCAACAACAGUCAACGGAACCUAAUCAUCACUUCGACCAAUACAAUAUGUGUAGUUCAGAAGAUAAUGUGGCCGUAAGUUCUCCCCACGGAAUUCUUCCAGCGCACUUCGCUCAACAAGCUAACACCGCGGAAAACCGUUUAACGCAGGAUUCAUUUAAAAACAGACUUCAGUAUCAAUUUCAAUAUUCUGCAAAUUUCGGUGUGCAAUCUACUGGAAACCAAGCGCCGAGACAUGCGUACAGUGGUGAAGCAAUGUACGGAAAUAGAGACAAUAGAUCUGCGAGUCACGAUUAUAGCACCACCUAUCCCGCUAAAUCCGACGUUUAUUCACAGCAGACGUCAAGUAGCCAUUCCCAGCAGGCAGCAGCUGCGUACAAUGCAGAAUAUCUUUCCCGUUAUCAGCAAGGAGUCAAUAAUGUGAGCGAUCAAAGCGCCCUGCAAGCUAUGUUUCAGAAUUACGCGACUGGCAGCGAAUAUAAUGGACAAACUUUUAACGGUUACGCUGAAAAUUACUGCGCGGAUUCUCAAAAUCCAUACAGUGAUUUUUAUCCUCAAGCGCCCGAGUUUCCUGUAGCAGAUAUUUGAUUAUAAAAUGCAUGAUAUAUACAUUUAUAUAUAAAUAAGUAAGCAUAUAGGUUGAACAUUUAUGUAACGUCGAAACCUUCUUAAAAUAAUGGCAGCCACAAAAGAUUUUAGGAUACGUAUCAUAACUUAUAUUUUUUUGUGUAUAUAAUUAGUACAUUUCAUACAAUCAGGCAUCUCUAAAAGAAACAUUUAGUUGUAAUUAAAAAUUGUUGUGUAUAUGCUCAAAAUCUUUAUAGAUCUCGGCGAAAUAAUUUGGUUAAUUAAUUGUGCUACUUGAAUUUUGUUUAUUUUUGUUGAAUGGAAUUUUUGGCUAGCAGUUAAAAGGUUUAUACUUUUUACUCAGUGAUCUCUACCCAAAAUUGCUGCAUGCUUUUGACUUUCUUUUUGUAUAAAAAAUAUAUUUAAAUGGUUUAAAUAAAUGUAUAUAUAUUAUAAAUUUGUCAUUUAAUGACGUCAUAUAGAUAAACGAUAAUAUAAUUAUGAGUUACGUCACUUUAAGUCACGUGGGCUUUUUUUUAUGUAUAUUAUAUUAUAUAAAAUAUUUUUGUCUCUAAUUGUAAAAAUAAAAUGGCGCUUAGUCGGUCUUUAUAUCUAUAUAUAUUUAGCUUUAAGAGUUUUAACCGGUUGACAAUUUUAAUGAUCACUCAUCCCAGAGUUUAUUAGUAUACGUAAGAAUGAGAGAAGAACGAAUGGAUGAAAGAAAGAACAAUAGUAUAUUAUAAGUAUGUAUGUAAAAUGUUAUAUCUAGUCAUAUCAUAAAAUAUAAGAGCUGAACAUAAUUUAAACAUAAUUUUUUUUUCUCUAUUUUCAAUGUGUGUGUAUAUUUGAAGAAUUUGGAAAAAAAACAUUUGCUGUGACGUAUUUCAGAUUUAAUUAAGUCCCAUUGUUAUUUUUAAUUAAUUAUUCCAUUGUCCUCACUUGCUCAUAUUCUUAUUGUCUUUCAGUAUACUCUGUAAGUGGUAGAUGUUUAUUUAUUGUGUUCACAACGAGAAAUAAAAUUCUUUAAGUCGAA